AACCCGCUCUGCAGGUUGUCCCGCUGUGUGAAUCAGCGGCUAUAAGUAGGACAGCUCUCCACAUGGUCUGAUAGUCGUGCUCGCACUUCCAGACAUCAUGAGCAAGUCCAGCACGCUGAAAGUAAAGAAACUGUUUAAGAUAAAGUCACCGGAUAAAGAGAACAAGGAGCUGAAGCGAGGGGGCUCCCACAAAGAUGGAGCAGCGACUUUACCUGCGAGCCCCGGUCCCAUCAGCCCGGGAGACAACGCCACACUGCCCGCUGAUGUUUCACCCAUUUCCCCGAAAGAAAAGAAGGGAAGGCGGCUGUUGCCGUUCAGGCUGAAACGGAAGAAAUCUAAACGCAAAGAGGAAGGAGGAGGAGGAGGAGGAGGAGGAGGUGAUGUCUUCUUCCCUGAGACUGAUGAACUGGACAGCUUCAGCAGCCAGCUGAGCUAUGACCAGAUGAGUGUUUCCACAGAGUGCAGUUUCCGGACUGAAUCGGACUGGGACCCUCAGUCUGAGUCCACCUCCAUGAUCAGCUUCGACAUGACUCAGCCAAACAGCCCUACUUCGCCCUCCAAAUUCUUCAAGAAUUUAGAGGAGAAGAGGGGAGUGUUUGAUCGCCUCAGCAAUUUCUUCAACUCCAAGAGAAGAAAGAGCAGUGGCAGGCAGCAUUCAGACGCCUCAGUAGAUGCAGGUUCUCCGAGUUCACCAUCAUCCCCCUUGCCUCCACGCUCACCCCAAACUGAACAAGAAGAUGAGCUCAAGACUCCCACUCCUUCCCGAAAAGACAUCAAGCAAACGGAGCCUCAGUAUGCAGCAACAGAACCCCGAACUGGAGCAGAAUGUGGCGACACCCUCAGCAAAUGCCACAGCACCACGAGUGUGACAGAUAGUAACAGCAGUGGCCGAAGCAGUGUGAGGGAAGUGCAUGUGUGCAGGGUCAGCACAGCCAGCAGUGAAAGGAAUUCUGGGAAUGUGACACCCACCGCUGUGGACGUUACAGCAACAACUCAUCAGAGCACUGUUUCGAGCUCUGAAUUAGGCUUUGCAGAAUCAGUGGUGGAGGAAGUAAGCAGGAGGUUGCAUGUCUUUUCCAAGACAGCUGAGGCCCCAAAGUCACCUAACUUAACCUCUAUAAGCUUAGCAACAAAGAAAGCUUCAAUAAAAGUUGGACAGGAGGGUCACAGCACCUCCCUAACAGGAAUAACUUUAGGUUCUAAGUCGUCCACCUCACAUGUCAUCAUGACUCAACAGGAGGAUGAAAACUCUCUAGAUGUAGUGAGGGAAAACGCUGGAGCAAGGAGGAGGGGUCAGAUAUUCUCUGGGGAAAUUGCAAGCACAGCAUGGAGCCCUUCACCUGAGAAAGAGCGAGUGCCUGGAGGUAAUUCCCCUGUCCAGCUCCACAAAGCCAUAUGGGUAGAAACACACCUGGGAGAGGAGGAGUACAGGGGGAGGGAGGGGGAGAAAGAGAAGGAUUUAAUGAAAGAAGGGGAGGAGGGUUUCAGAGCAGACUCAACUCUCGUGCUGGCUAUACCUGUCACAGUGAUUCCCGAGGACGACUCAGCUGCAGACAGUCCCGCUACCCCCGCAGAGAUUUUGCCGUCCAGUGGCAGCUUGCCAGAGUCAGCCAUCUCCUUGGCACCGACUACAGGGGAGUUCCAAACAACUUAUGAGCAGCCAGAGGAGGCUGACACUGGCAGAGACUCAAAGAAAAGUUCCCUUAAGGAGAAACAGGAGAAACGCAGGUCGAGAGAAAUUCGUGUUACGCGCAAGACUGUGAAUCUGCCUUCGAAGCACAAGGUUUUUGCCCAUAAGGUGUACGUUAGCCCAGAGCCAAGUUUGGACGGGAACGAGCCAGCAGGAGAGGACAGCAGAGAAUCAACUUCAAAGACAUCAGACAGAGUCCUAACAAAGGAGAAACUACUGCCAAGCCUCCAAAACAACAACAAUGUGGAACUCAAGGAAGCCAAACAUGAGCCACUCACAACAAAAGAUGAGACGACACACUCUGACACAAACACUCCUGCACAUCUAGUUAAAGAAAAACCAGUCUCAGAGGUCUCUGACUUUGAUGAUACCUCUGCAACCUCAGACAUGCACAGAGUAAAAUCACAAGCUGCGGGGUCUGGGGCAAGAGGCCAUGGGACUAACCAGGCUACGCCCUCUAAACGAGGGGUUAAAGCAGCAGCAGAGAGUCGGCAUACCACAGUAAGUGGAGCAAAGACCCCAUCCUCAGCAGCUGUAAGCAAGGCCAAAAAUGUGAUAACAAAGGCAAAGGACUCCACAGAGGGCAUGAAAGUGGGAACAUCCAGUGAUAUGCCACCACAAGGGGAGCACAGCAAUGAGAAAACAGCUUCUAUGUUACCAACAUUAAAAGACCAAAGCACCAGUGGUCCCUCAAGUGCAACGGGUUCAAAGUCUAAAAUCCCAAAAAGGUCAACAUCAGAUGCUGAUGUGAAAUCACCAGUGACACCAGAUAAAACAUCAGUGGCUGAUACCUCUGGGUCAGUAGCCACUUCCAAGAUACAGAAACAGCCUAGAGCCAAAGAAACAUUGAAAUCUCCGGCCACUACAACCAAAGCUGGCAGGAAACCAUGUUUUGAGGAGGCAAAGGGAGGGAAAGCUCUGUCAGGAGACAUUUCUCCCACAAAAACAACCCACAAGACAGUAAUAAAGCCUAUUAAAGAAAAGUCAGAUGACAUUGACUCUGUGAACCUGGUAAAUGGCAUGGAGAAAGACCAUGAGGAGAGUAGUAUUAAAACAGGACACUCAACUGUGAGGGAAAACCUGGAUGUCAAAAAACUGCAGCAUCUGGAUAAUAACGCUUCCAUGACAUCAAAGAGUCGGUUGCCUGUUUCAUCUCCGACAAAAAAGAGGAACGAUGAGGUAUCUCAAACAAGUGGAACCAACCAUAGAAAAAUUACAUCUGCUCAGACAGACUCAGACAGACCCAAGUCAGCCCAGAAGAGUCCAGAGCAGCAAGAAGCAGCUCAUGUGGAGAGACCUGCCAGUGAGACACCUCCACCGCUCCCUGAAAGUCCCAAGAAAGGAGGCAUGCUGUCAACAAGACCAUCCAAACACCUCUCUAAAGUAGGCAUUAGCCAUGACGAGAAUGACACACCGAGUUGUGUGUCUCCACCUCCUACCAAGCAAGACAAAACAGUCUCAUCAAGGCUCUCCAAACAUAGCGACAAUAUCAAACAACACCAAAAUAGUCCAGUAAAGGAUUUAGCUGAUCCCUCAUCUCUAAGCAAGCUUACAAGAGGUCAGAGAAGCUCUGACAAAGUCAAAUCCAGGACUCUUCAACAUUCCCCAACUAGGAAUUCUACAAGCACAUCCAAGUCUAAACUGGAGAAUAGUAACACAGAGACAAGUGUCAAAGCAUCUGAGAUUAUUGUAGCAGAUCACGUUAAGGACAGCGCCAGUAAAAUCAAAGUGAAAGAAAAAGAUGCAGUGGAAUUAGAGGAGAGCAUAACCAGUCCUACUACUGAAGAGAUUUCAAAAAUCCAACCAAUACAAAAUAAUGGUGUGAUUAUUACAGUAAACACCCCUAGCUGUGAGGUUCCAAGUAAUUUGCCAAUCACUGAUGGAAACAGUGCUCAGACUAAUAGCCAGGGAGGACAGUAUGAAGCCAAACAACAAACUAAAUUUGGGCCUUCACCUGAAAAUGUAUCUGACAUUCAAAGUGACAACACCACACCAGAACAGAAAACACUGUUAUCACCAGAAAUGUCUUCAGAAAAAGUAAAAGACAAGCCCCUUUUAGAGACAACCCAGCUUAUAAGUAACACAAAACAGGAUUUAAUCCAGGAGAAAGGCCUUUCAGAGCCAUAUUCUGCAGUGCUGGCUCAGGACACAAUACCAGUUCAUGAGGAUGUAAUGAAUAUGUCAGCCAAACCUGUUGUGGGUGACAGCUUUCACUGUGACAUAAUGACCCACUCUGAUCAUGAAGAUGUUAUGCAGGGUAGUGUUUCCCUUAAAGAAACAAAUGAGGUCACCUUUAAAGAAAAGGCUACCAGAAAUAAUCUUCCUAAAUUAACUUCAAAACACCAAGAUGCCGAACAGCAAGAUGUAUUUUCAGCCCCUUUUAUUUCAGUUGAUGCUAAAAUGGCCAAUAUAGAGCAGGGACAAGAACAUGAUAAAUUUGAUGAUCAAACCCCAAAUAUCAUUCUUGAACAUGAUAGAUUGCCCCCCACAUUAGGCAGAGAUUCAAUAAGAAAUGUUGAGGUAGAGGAGAAAAAUAAUGAGGAGAUUGGCAGGAAACCAGCAGCGGCUUUGGACAUUCAAACAGGGACUGUGACUGUCUGUGAAUCGCCCAAGAAUGUUGAAAAUCAGCUGGACAAAGAGCCUCUUUUAUUAGCAGGAGAAUCUGAAAGGCAGGAGAAAGAGUCAAAACCAAAUGAAAAGCUGAAUGACGCGGCAGUGGAAAGCAGCGACUCAAAGACCAGUUGCAAAGAGGAGGCCAAGGCCAUAACCAUCGAGGAUAAAGCAGAGAAAGACAUUGCAAAACCAAAGAAACCAACAGAUCUAUCAUCAGUGGAAGAAUGUUUACAGCCUGACUCAGGGGAGGAACUACACACAGUAGUUAUAAAUGCCCUGGAAAAGAAGAGGAGCGGGGCAGAGCAAGCAGAAAAAAUAAGUGCACUCGAUGAGAAUACAGCCAGUGUGGUGGAUACAAAAGAGGAAUGUGAGAUCUUUUUGAAAGAAAAUGCAAAGAGUGACAUUAAGGACACAGAGCAAACAGAGCAGCAGAUAACGGCAUUAACAGUAAAAAAUGAACUGGAACCUAAACUACAUCUAACCAAAGAUGAGGAGGUCAAGGAUAACAACGCAAAUCAGGAGGAAAAACACACUGAUUUUGUAAAGGAGGAGGAGGAAACUUCAGAACUAAAAGCUGUAAGCACUGAAACUCAGAGUGCUGAAGGUACUAAGAAGGAGAAUGAAACAAAGAAUUUAUCAGUCAAAAGUUUACUGAGUGAGAUUUCAGAAAUUAGCAAUCAAGAGGAGCAGAAGUCUGUAAUUGUUAGAGAACAAGAUGAGAACAUUAAAAAACCAGACAGGAAUCUCAGACAGGAACCAGAAAAAGUAAGAACGAAAGUUCAAGAGAGUACAACUAAGAGCCAAACGGAAGCAGCUAAAGGCCUCAACUCGGUAAGCUCUGAAGGCAUUAAAGAAAAGACUGAAACCGAUGAUUUAUCUCUGAAUUUGGUGUAUGAGAUGGCAACUGAGAAUGCUAAUUCUGAAGUUGGCAACCAAAAGGACCAGAUGUUUGUAUUUGUUAGAGAGCAGGAUGAGGACAUGAAAAAAUCAGAGGAAAACUCACCAGGAUCUCAAUGUCCAAGUACUGACCUAAAACCGGAACUGGACAGUAGAAGAACUAAAGUUCCAGAAAAGACAACAGAGAGCCAAAUAAAAACAGAUACAACUCAAGAAAUAAAAGCUGUAAGCACUAUAACUCAGAGUGCCAAGAGUACUAAAGAGAGGGAUCCAUCAAUAAAGAAUUUAGUGAAUGAGAUUGUAAUUGAGAAAGCUGAUACUGAAGUUAGCACCAAAAAGGUCCAGCAGUCCACAGUUUUUAAAGCUCAACACAAGGAGAUGAAGAAACCAAAGGAAAACACUGAUCAACCCACAGAUUUCAAAGCUCCAAAUGCUAACCUUGAACAGAAACCAAAGACUGUAACAACAGAAGCUCAGGAGAAGACAACAGAAGAUGCCAGAUUAGCUGAAAAACCAAGUGUUUCCACAACCAAAAAAGCAGCUAAUAAGCCUGAUAUGAAACAGGAAGAGAAAAACCUCAUUAAAGAAGCUGUUAAAGAUGAAGUGACAAGGCAAGAGGAUCAGCAGAUGAAGGCAUCAAAGAUAGAUGCCAAGAAAGAGUCACAAUCUGUUUUCAUAAAAUAUGCACCUAGCAAAAAAGGCGAUGGAGAACAAAGAGCUACAAUACCCAUUCAUGCAGGCACUCAGAAUGAUAAAGACACCAAAGAAAAGACAAAAACUGAGGAGUCAUCAACAGAGUCCAGUGAUACACAUGGAGGGUUGAAACAGGAACUGCAGACUGCAAGAGAAGAGGAAACCAUAAACCAUUGUGAUCCACAAAAGGCUGCAAAGCAAUCACUCAAUGGCAGUUCACCUCUUCCCAUUGCAGUGAAAUCAUCCACUCCACCACAAAGUCUUCAGCUAAAUAAAGAAUCUCCAUCUAGCUGGUUAGAUGUGGAACAUCAUCAAAAACAGAAACGGGAAAACAAAAGAAGACUAGAUGCCACAGCCAGUGAGGACGAAUCUCUUGAGCCUGAGGACUUGGAUGAUUUUAUCAGGAGCAUUAACAAAGGCGGCAUGCCUUUCUCUCUACCUCCAAAGAGACGCAUUCGUAAAAUGUCCCCAUCUCCACCUUUUGCCAUGCCAGCCAUCAAGGAGGACCAUUUUGAGAGAACGUUUGAUCCCAAGGAAUUCAAGUUUGGCUUAAGGAAAGAUGGCAAAAAUUUAAGGGAUCCUUCUCCAGCUAUGAUGAUAAAACAAAACGCUGCAAACAGGGAAGGACGGACUUUGGAAAAACAUGGAAGAGACAAGUCCAUGCUCAUAUCUAGAGACCAAAUGGAAUCACUUGAUGAGGUAGGAGGAAAAGUCAAAGAGGGGGCUAAGGUUGAAGCAGGAAAAGAAGAGAAACAAAACAAUGGAGAGGAGCCUGGGAAGCCAAUGUCACGGCUAGGAAGGAUAUCCAUCCUCUCUAGCUUACUGAGUUCCCCUCGGACAUCCAGGAGGACCAAAGAGGAAGCUUCCUCCACCUCAAAUAGCACACUUUCAUCUAACCAACAGCAGGACCUGCCUUCGCUUGGAAAGCAGGGAGUUGUUGAUUCACCCCUGCCUGGCGUCAGAGCAGUUAAAGAGGGUGUGAAAGGUACAGAUCAAGGCUCUGCUGUGGUUGGUGGUACAGGUACAGCCAGUGAGUCAGCACUUAGCCCCUCCUCUCCUCCUUCUCUGCCUUCAUUCUCGGAGAUAAAGCUCCCUGAUCAUUUAGAGAAAUACUUAAAGAAGAACAAAAGAGUGCCUGAAGUCUCCCAGAGCUCCAAACAGACAACUAAAACUAAACUGAAUCCUAAGGAGAGUACUGCUAUGGACCAGACCUCGAUACCAGGAGUACCUAAUAUUGAUGUGGGCCUAAAGGGUCCUGAGGGUCUGCCUCCAACCAGCAACUACAUCCAGCAGACUCCUCGAAAUGGACUUUCCACUUAUAAGAACAAGACACCUGCAGUCAGAGGGUUCCACAAAAGGCCUGGAAAGAUUGUCAUACACCAACAUGAUCAGUUUCAAGGGGAAGCGGUUGAACUCCAUUGUGAUGUAGAGAACGCCACAGGAAUUAAGCUGUCCCCUGUCAUCUCAGUCAGAGUCAUCAGAGGAUGCUGGCUCCUCUAUGAAAAACCUGGCUUCCAGGGGCGCAUCAUUGCCCUCGAGGAAGGCCCUACAGAGCACAUGGUGAACAUAUGGGCAGAGGAGGAAACUCCAACCACAGUAGACCAUAUGGAUCAGCCUGUUCCAACAGCACCUAUUGUCAUAGGUUCUAUUCGAUUGGCAGUUAGGGACUAUACUUUAUCCAGAAUCGACCUGUUUGCAGAGGUGAAUGGCUUGGGAAGGAUGUCUUCUUACUGUGAUGACACAGUAGAGCUCGGCUCCUAUGGUCUUCCACAAACCACUGGCUCCAUUAAAGUCCAUUCUGGAGUCUGGCUGGUGUACAGUGAUCCUGGAUUUGGAGGUUUCAUAGGAGUGCUGGAGGAGGGGGAGUAUCCCUGCCCAGAGAGCUGGGGUUUUCCUCAACCCUUCAUUGGGUCACUCAGACCCCUCAAAAUUGGACCAAUAAGGGUGGAGCAUCCUAAUGAAUUCAAGGCUUUAGUGUUUGAGAAGCCCAACUUUGAUGGAGAGUGUAUAGAGGUGGACAGUGACGUGUACAACUUAAGAGAUGAACAGGAAGAAGAAGAAGAAGCAGACAAACCUGACGUGAAUAAGAAAACACUAUCUACAGUGGGGUCCCUCAAGAUACUUGGUGGUCUCUGGGUGGGCUAUCAAGAGGCAGACUUCGAGGGCCAGCAGUACAUCCUGGAGGAGGGCGAGUAUCCUCACUGCAGUCACUGGGGAGGAUGUGAGGAUGGGUUCCUGUCUCUCCGGCCCCUUUGCACAGAUUUCCUGUCCCCACACGUCAAAUUGUUCAGCGGGCGGGGCUUUGAUGAGCUGGGGCUCAACGUGGACUUGCUAGGUCCUGUCCUCAACAUGGAGGAUAUCAGCCAUGGUAUCAAAACCCAGUCCAUCAACGUCAUGGGUGGAGUAUGGGUGGCGUUUGAGAAGCCUGGAUUCAGUGGAGAGCUCUACAUCCUGGAGAAAGGCCUGUAUGCAAGUCCAGAGGACUGGGGAGCCCAGAACUUCAAGAUAUCAUCAAUACAGCCCAUCGUCCAUGACACGCUGAUAGGGACAACAAAAUUCAAGGUGCAGCUGUUUUCUGAGCCAGGCUUCAAGGGAACGCUGGUGACUCUUGAGGACAGCGCAGCAGCUCUGGAUGAGGACUUCCUGCCCAGGUCCUGUAAAGUGCUGGCUGGCAGCUGGAUGGUGUAUGAAGGAGUCCAGUUCACAGAGAACAUGUAUGUCCUGGAGGAGGGAGAAUACCCCAACACAGAAGCCAUGGGCUUCCUGUCCUCAGACUCUACCAUCCGCUCCAUACAGACCACUGGACAUGAGUUCUCUCUGCCGUCCAUCGUCUUGUUCAGUAAAGCGGGCUGCAGAGGUCGUAGAGUGGUGUUGACCAAUGGAGCUGUGAACCUGCUGCAGGCAGGCCUGGAUGCACGCAUACGCUCCCUGGUGGUGGAAGGAGGAAUGUGGGUGUUGUAUGAAGACCGUAACUACCGUGGUCGACAGGUACUGGUCCAGCCAAGCCAAGUGAAUGAUUGGUACAAGUUCAGUGGCUGGCAGCGAAUAGGAUCCCUGCGUCCAUUACUCCAGAAACAGAUGUACUUCCGUCUGCGGAACAGGGAGACAGGAUGUAUGAUGUCACUGACAGGAACACUGGAUGACAUCAACCUGAUGAGGGUUCAGGCCAUGGAGGAGACAGGGGGGGUAGAGCAGAACUGGCUCUAUCUGGACGGGCAGCUUAACUGCAAGCUGAUGGAGGACUGUUGCCUGGGGACCACAGGCAAUGUGGUGAUGGCAGGCAGUAGGCUUUGUGUUUCCCCGGAGCGAGGCAAAGACAACCAGCUGUGGAACAUCACCCCAGACGGUCUAGUGCACUGCCACCUCAAACCUGACCUGGUUCUGGAGGUCAAAGGCGGUCAUCAGUAUGAUAAGAACCAGGUGAUCCUCAACACGUUUGAUGAGAGAAAACUGACCCAAAGAUGGACAGUGGAGAUCCUGUGAUCUGAUGAGCCUCACAGCCCUCAGCUGCACUUCUGCAGAGAGACUGAGCCCUAUGACGCAGCUCCACUGUGGAACUCACACCACUGAGAUAGGCUCUAAAGCGGAUUUUGUGCAAGCACUGCACUCUUUAGUUGUAUUUUGACUAUUGUUCACUCUUGUUGAGGAGGGUAACCAUUGACUGGAUCAACAUUAUAACUAUUAACCAAACUUUGAAAAACAUGCACUCUCUUUCUCUUUUUCAGAAUGAAUAAAUGUGAAAAUAUUGCUUAUCUUUAACCACUUGAUUUUCAAACCCUGUAUAUCAAAGACUCCAUGCACCCCUCUCAUGUUUUCACUACAUGCAGUGAGAGCUCAGCCCUGUUUCAAUGCUGCAAACCUCUUUUUAUUGGUACUUUUCUACUACAUUGUGUCAGUGUGUUUUCUGAUCAUACUGUUGGCAAAUAUGAAUGUAUACUGUAUAUUGAUGUCUGUAACAUGAAGUCCAAUAUGCCUACACUCCAAACAUGUAUUAACAUGUUUUUGUGUUUGUAAUUACUGUAGAUCAGCAAUGAUCUAUUGUAAAGUUUUGAUAUCUUUUUAGGACUUAUAAGUUGUACAUAAGCAUCAAGUGUAUAGAUUUGAGGUUAAAUUUCAAAGCAGAACUGAAAUAACGAUGCUGCCCAUUGUAAAUAUGUGAAUGUAAAAGAGAGAACUGUUACACAUGAAAUAAAAAUGUAAUUUUC